CGCGGGUCAGGACAGACUAAGGCCGCGAUGGACAUGCAUGCGAAACUUGAGGAAUGGAGAGAGCGCAAGAGGAAACGCGAAGAAGAAAAAUGUGCUAUGAAAAUCGUAGCGACAAGAGCAUCUACGGUCAAGAAAGUCAUAGUGAGCAAACUCCGCGCACCGUCGACCUUUAUCACGGCGCCAUUCCAAGCGAAGUCUACCAGACCGCUCCCAUAUGAUAAACCACAAGCAAGUAUAAAUGCUGGAACACGAAUUCAAGCACAGGGAGCGUUGCACAGACACGCUUCACGCGACGUCAAUUCCAAGAGUGGACGAGUCCAACAAAGCGCGUUGAAGGCAUCGCUCCGACAAAUUCAUCCGUCAAUCUCGUCGCAUGAAAGAAAGCAAAGCAGCCCUUCCUCAACAAGGGAUGAAUCGGAUUCAAGCGAAGAAUCGGCAUCUCCACCAACGGCAAACCACGAGAGUGUAGAGGUGUCAUCGAAUUCCAGGUUAGGAUCGUUGGGCGGUUCAGUUGAUGCGCCGCGUCGUGUCCUGAACAAGAAGAGAUUAUCCUACGGAGAAGUCCAUGGGGUAACUGAGCCCACGAAGUCACUCGACACAACUUCAGCUAAACUGGCACCGCGAUCGAAUUCGGUACCUGCAUUAACUGAGCCCCCAAGGGCUACUGGUCAUGGCGUUUCGUCGACAAAACGACUUUCGAGUGAAGCCAUUCUGGACGCACUUGCAAAGCAGGACUCGCCAACGCGUGUGCUGCGCCGCGUGAGUUUGGAUGCCCCAGCGUCCACCGUGAAGAAACCGAGAGAAGAUCGGCGGGCAUCGUAUGAUGUCACUCCAUCGAAGGAUCACCGCCGAUUGAGCGUUGCCAGUGGUGGCGGACCACUUCGAGUGCUUGCUAAAACUGCAUCGGACAGCAACGACAGUGAGGAUGACGACGACGACGAUAUUCUUGGCACGCGCAUCCCCGAGGAAAAAGAGUUGCAUGCAAAGUUGCGAAGAAAUGCAUCGAGUUCUCGGUUGAGCCUGUCGAGGGUAUCCAAGCGGAAUUCGUUGGAAGGUACAAGCAGAGGUGAUUCCUGCCACAUCAAAACGCACGGCCAGAGAACGAAAAUGUCGCUCGAAGACUUCAAGUACACUGAUAAGAAACUUGGGUUUGGAAAGUUUGGGUACGUCUAUUUGGCCAAGCAAAAGACGGUGGCUGAGAAAGAAGUGGCGCUAAAGGUUUUGACCAAAACCAAUAUGGACGAAGUCGGUGUUCGAGGCUUGAAAAUGGAGGUGGAAAUCCAGUCGCGAUUAAAACAUCCUCACAUCCUCCGGCUGUACCGAUAUUUUCAUGAAGACUCGCUAGCCUACUUGGUGCUGGAGUACGCACCCCAUGGAAGUUUGCAAAAACUGCUGUCGGACCAGGCACAGGGGUAUUUUGAAGAGGCAAAAGCAGCCUCAUUUGUGCUCCAAAUCGUCAGUGCAGUACAAUACCUCCAUGCACGUCAUGUAAUGCAUCGCGACAUCAAGCCCGAAAAUCUCCUGCUGGGAUCGCACGAAACGAUCAAAGUUGCUGACUUCGGUUUGGCCAUCCAUGCCCCUCCGCCCAAUGUCAAGCGACGGCACUUUUGUGGCACACCCGAAUACAUGAGCCCUGAAAUUAUCGACGAUCAAGAGUAUAGCGUGGAGGUUGACGUGUGGAGCGUUGGCAUUGUCGCGUACGAGCUCCUCGUUGGCCACACGCCCUUCCGCGGAGAGGACACAUUCCACAACAUUAAAACUUGGUACACUCAAAAGUUGCAGCGUCCAGAGCUGUGUGUGCCGGGAUUGGACGAUUGUGGUCAUGUGAGUCCUCUGGCGAAGGAGUUUCUUCAUGGGUUGUUGGCCCCAGCACCGUCUCGAUGGUCCUUGGACCAAGCAAGGAGGCAUCCUUGGCUCGCAGAUGCAGCCACGAUGUCGACUGGUGACGAAUAAUCCAGAAAAGUCUCACCAGCAAAGUCGUCUACGCGUUUUACAAGUGUACGCUUCCCAUGACGUUAAGGCAAUGACACCAAGUGUCGGCAAUCUUCGGGAACGGCGUCGUAUAGCUCCUUGGACUCCAACCACGUCCGACUGAACAGACGCGACUGGUAUCGCGUAGCACUGUCGCACAGAAUUGUUACGACCGUACUGCCACGUCCGAGGGACUUGGCCACAUCACAAGCAGCGGCAACAUUCAAACCCGACGAAGCGCCGACAAAGAUACCCUCGUCCUUUAGCAGACGAAACACCUGGAAACGUCGUUGAGUCAGUGCCAAACGAAGCAAUCAAUCGAGAUGAAGCACUGCACCAUUUCGAUAGACCGGCGGUCUUCGAUGUGCACAGCGUCGUCGAUCGGCGAGUCCUUCAAGUUAUCGGUCACACGGCCUUGCCCAAUGCCUUCCGUGACACUUCCAGCGCCUUCACGCUCCAACA